CGCUGACUGCUGCCCAGCUGCUCCCUCACAGCCCCACAGCCAACACGGACCCCUCACAAGACGGGGACUGCCUCACCUGCCUGCUGCCUCCGAACACCCCCCCCCCCCCCCCCCCCCUUCCACUUACCUGAUUUCUCCGUCUCCAGCAUGAAGGAGAGAAGGCUCCCGCAGCCCUGCGUGGCGCGCUGUAAGCUGGUGCUGGUGGGAGACGUCCAAUGCGGUAAAACGGCGAUGCUGCAAGUCUUGGUGAAGGACUGCUAUCCGGAGACCUACGUCCCCACCGUGUUUGAGAACUACACGGCCUGUCUGGAGCUGGAGGACCAGCGGGUCGAGCUCAGCCUGUGGGACACAUCAGGUUCUCCGUACUACGACAACGUCCGGCCGCUCUGCUACAGCGACUCGGACGCGGUGCUGCUGUGCUUCGACAUCAGCCGGCCGGACACGGUGGACGGGGCGCUGAAGAAGUGGAAAGCGGAGAUUCAGGACUUCUGCCCCAGCACUCGGAUCCUCCUCAUCGGCUGUAAGACGGAUCUCCGCACGGAUGUGUGCACGCGCAUGGAGCUGUCCAAUCAGAAGCAGGCUCCCAUCUCCCAUGAACAGGGCUCGUCCUUGGCCAAGCAGCUGGGGGCCGAGGCCUACCUGGAGUGCUCGGCCUUCACCUCGGAGAAGAGCAUCCACAGCGUCUUUCGCACAGCCGCCCUGGCCUGCAUGAACAAACUCCAGCCGGCCGGUAAACCCACCCCCGUCCGCCGCCUCUCCAAAAGACUGCUGCACCUGCCCAGCAAGACGGAGCUGCUCUCCUCCACCUUCAGCAAGGAAAAGUCCAAAAGCUGCUCCAUCAUGUGAAUACAGCCGAAACUUUGGGCGGGGGUCGGGGUUUAAGCAAAAAAAAAAGAAAAAAGGAAGAAAAAGGACAAUUGAACUCUACUGUAGCUGUUCCGGCCGGGGGGGAGGGAAACACAGCUGUGAUGUGGACCUUUGUCUCCUUUGCAGCCUCCUCCCUAAAACUCCAGUCAACAUAUCCCUAAAAGCUUUUUUUUUUUUCUGUUCAGCCCAGCUUAAAGAAAUGAUUGGAGUAGAAUUUAAUGACCCAGUGCAAGCAGAGCAUAACAUGCACUUUAAGUCGCAGACCCGCGUAAAAAAUAGCUGUGAAUCGGCCCGAAUAAGGUCAGCACCUUCUUUUUCUCUCCCUUUGGAGAAGGUAGUUGUAAACACUUCAUUUGGCUGCAUUAAAGUGAUGAAACCCAUUUGAAGUUCUGAUAGCAGUGCCCUUUCCCAUCCAUCUCUCCGUCUGAAAUGUCUGCUAAAGGUCACGGCUGGGGCCGUGUGACGAGAUGAAACGUAAAAUCUGACAGUGACGGGAAGUGGUGUCUACAGGAACGCGGCUCGGGGGGAAUUUAAAAGACCGGCCCUUGAAGAAAUUAUUCCCCUGCCGACCCCUCUCAGUAUUUCAUUUGGAAAUGAAAGCUGACAAUAGAUAGGGGGGGGAGGGAAAGUGGAGGGAAGGGAAGGGUUUGGCAAGCAGCGUUAAUUUGCAAAGGUGGUGGGAGGACAAAUGGAGAGCCCAUCUGAAGGAGCGCAGUGUGACUCAGCACUCACAUGAGCCACAGAGUCGACGAGGGUGGACACGCUCUGGUAAAGAUUCUGAGCACGCCUUUGUCUGGACUCCUAAGCAGAAUCUCUCUUUCUUGGUUUGGAGUUGAUUAAAUAGCCGUGUCUUUUCUUU